AUGAAGAACAUCUUUGUCGCCGUAUUAGCUGGAGUAGCUUUUGUCACGAUUGCCGGGGGGGUGCCGGCAGCUCGGGAUGUUGGUAAGUAAAAAUUCAAAUCGAAAUGCAUUAUUUACUUUGAGGUUAACCGAACCCCAUUAGUUUAAAGGACCAUUCUAAAAACAUAAGAAGGGAGUUAAAGAAGCCAAUAAGAAGUUCACUGGCAACGAGAACGUCAGAUAGAGAGUACAUUCAAGCGUUCGCUAUUUAGAUAAGAUUAUUUUAACUUACUCAAAUUGUUAAGUAUGGGCGAAUUCUUCUUGAAUUAUAUUCAUACUCUGGAAGAGACUAGAAAAAAACGUUCCAUAAAACCUCCGCGUUGCAUUAGCAAAUUUCAGGUCGUAGUGGUGCAGUGACGGCAAGAAAUAUGUCCCAGAAAGUGAAGUGUGAUAUUGCUCUUUCAGACGUUUUCGUUGCUGUGCAAUUUUGAUUGAUUAAGCUCCCUGGUGGAUGAAACAGACGGGAGCUAUGAUUUAUAAAGCUCUUGAUUCUUCCCUUCUUCCGAAGCUGGGAAUUUUUUUCUUGUCCUUGCCCUUAUAUGGAGAUGUCUUCUUAGCGUUCAGUUUUGGAAUCUACAGUAGUAGGCAUUCCAACAAAUAUAAGCUUAACAAAGUAAGAAGAAAGACACGCACCAUUAAACAAGCCCUUCAAAAUAAAUGAAUAAAUAAUACAAGUCAAGACUGAGUAAAAAAUCAAUUAAAAACCAAUAAAGGUAACGAGGUCUAAUAUGUUUCAUAGAAGUUACACGUUUUUCUUCUAUAAUCUGUUUAAUAACUCUGAAUCCGAAAAUCUGUUUUCUUUCGAGAAAUCUAAUAAAUCGAAAUAUUUGAAAUUUUACCUGGGCAUUCGACAUAGUGAAAUUAAAUAUCUACCAAAUGUUCGAUCCAAUUUUGUUUUACCAAUGGGUCGUGCUUGAAACUGACAACAUGUUCCUGUUCUAGGGGAGGAUGACGUCAUGCCUUCGUCAGUGGAGAUUAUGCGUCGUCACUGCAGCUGCGCAGAGCAUCAUCACGAGUGUGGCUGCUGUAUGGCGAUCAAAACACAUGCGUUUCAUAAAAGAAUUGAAGCUAAUGGUAAAGCUAUUUUUUGAUUUUAUGUUAAGCCUCUAUAAACUUGACGAACUUAAAAGGAGGCAAACAACUUAAGUUCCAAAUGCAAAAAAAGUAAAAGAAAACCGAGGUUGCAUUUAAAUCCAGCAAGACACAUUUGCAUUAUUAAGUAUAUUUUAUCGGUAUUUCUACUGAAGCAGAUAUAGUAGAUAUGCUUAUGACAAUUAAGUAGUAACUUUUUUUAUUGUUUAUUUAUGUACUUAUUUAUUUGUUUUUAUCUACGUGCAGUUUGCAUGAAUGCCUCUUACACACCAUCUCCUUUGGUAAGUUGAUCAUAGUUUCUACUGAACUCUAUUUCACGCUCCUGUAAUCAGUUUUCAUCAAAAGCAUCUUAUCUUCUAGUUUCUAUAAAACGCGGGUAACAAACCAGAGUAAUGCAAAAGACUGAUAUCAGAGUUGUUAUAAUUAUUCAAAUAAAGCGUUAAAAAGCUGCAAUCAACAAUGCUAAAGAAUUAAACUUUUCGAAAUUCCUUACUGACAGAAUUAAUAAUAAAUACUGUAAAUAACGUACAUCGAACUAUAUUGUCGUGGUCCAUGUUAAAUGUCUGAAAUAACUGAUAGCCCAUUUUAUCAUUGACCUAGUACAUAAUAGAAAUUGUUUUUAAGCAUAACAUAUAAUCAUGGAAGGACAUUUUUAUUUUCUUCUUUUCUGCCUACGUUCUGAUAACGCUUCCUAUCUUACUCACGGGCCCCGUUUUUAUGUUAAGUAAAGGGCUAUCAUCUGCUAUAGUUGAGGCUUUGAUUAGUAAAGCAGUUUAAUUUCUGGUCUCUUUUCUAGGGUGCGCAGUUCUUUCUGACUUGGAACAAGGAUGUAUUGUUCAACCAGACAAUAACAGGUCAGAGCGACAUUUACAUUGUUACUCACUGUACAUUUUAAAACUAUUUUAUCCUAGUAAAUUUUUUAGUUAUAAACAUUGUUAUAAAUUUUAUGACUUGUCAGUAUUUACGUUAGCUAUUUCAGGCGUCCAUGCAUUUGGUAAAUUUUAAAAGAUCUGUUACAACACCGAAGUACCAACUCAAAGUAAUCCAAAACAACUCUAUUGAAAGAUCUGUAAAAGCCCGCUGAACUAUCACCUCUUGGGUCCUUAGAAAAAUAGACUUUUAGUUUUUCGUGACUCCAGUUGUCUGUGCUGAUUCUCAACUAACCAGCGCGUGGUGUGUGAUGUGGAAGAAAAAGGCAACAGAAAGGACGCAACAUUAAGGAACACUCAACUCACGCUUUCCUAAAUAGACGCGUUUUCAGAAGGCGUUUAAAAGCGGCAACGUAUAACAUUAAUGGCAUGGCGGAUAACCACAGGUGAGAUCGUUCCAUAGCUUUGGUGACGCGGCUGUAAAUGAACGGUCAUCAAGAGUAGCGAGAGUUCUUAUAUUGGGAUGCUGAAGUAAUAGUUUGUCAUCAGAAGACCCUAAAUUGUAUCGAGGAAUAGUUUUAAGUUUCAAUAAUUCUGUAAUAUAGGCAGGAGCGAGUCCAUUUAAGGCUUUAUAGGUAAAAAGUAAAAUUUUAAAUUGAAUUCUGUUUCUAAUUGGCAAUCAGUGGAGACUAAAUAAGGUGGGAGUGAUGUGACUGAAGCGUCCAACAUUACAGAUAAGCCUGGCAGCUGCAUUCUGGACUCGUUGGAGCUUGCACAGCAGGUUGUGAGGCAAGCCAUACAAGAGGCUGUGGCAAUAAUUCAGACGACUCGUUACAAACGCAUUGACCAAAAUAUGAGGACAAUCAAGACUGAGAAACUUCUUAAUUCUUCUUAGGUUAUAUAAGUGGGAAAAAAGCGGCUUUACAAAUGUUAUUAACGGGUGUGUCCAUCUUCAACUGUCGAUCAAACCAGGUACCAAGGUUCUUUACUUCGCUAGCUGAUGUGGUUGUACUGUCACCAACUCCCGUAGAUUCAAUAUUAACUUUCGCCAGUUGCUGUCUCUUUCCGAUGAUGAUGAAUUCUGUUUUAUCGUCGUUUAGUUUACGCCUGUCAAAUAGCCUCUAAUCUCUGACGUUGCAUGUUCUCCAGAGCUACUGAUUGCUCCUCAUCGGAGUUGACAUUGAAGGAGAUGUACAGCAGUGUGUCAUCGGCAUGUGCACGGACAUCAGGUAGAUGACGUUCGAUGAUCGUGAACAGUUUGCUCGCGUAGAGGACAAAUGAGAGGGGACCGAGACAAGAUCCGUGUGGAACGCUAUACUUUACCUCAAACCUCUUCGAUGUUCCGCCGUGAAUAGAUAUGGAUUGGAAUCUGUGGUGCAAGUAGGACUUGAACCAGGAGUGCACAUGUCCCGAGAUGCCAAAGUAGACGGUCGAGUAAAAUCCAGUGGUCGACCGUUUUAAAGGCUGCACCGAAGUCAAGUAAUAGUAGGAGAGUGACUCGCUGGCGGUUCAUAUUGAGCAAUAUGUGGUUAUGACCCGCAGUAGCGCGGUUUCAGUGCUGUGAAAUUCACGGUACGAUUACUCGGCUUUAGAAUAGAGCUCAUGCAGGGUUAGAUAGUCAUGGGUUUGAUUGAAAACGGCUCGCUCAGCUAGUUUAGAAACAAACGAAAGGUUGUUGGUUGGUCGUAGGUUGUGAAAUUGUCACCUCAGCUCUUGGUUUCUUUAGCAUUAGGUGAACGUCGGCUUGUUUCCAGUUGUCAGAGAAACACCAGUUUCUAAGGACAGAUUUAACAUCCUGGUGAGAACUGGCAAGAGAACAUCAAAGCACUCAACCACUAGGGGAGUAGGCAUAGGAUCCAAGGAGCAAGACUUCUUACUUGAUUUAGCGAUUAAGCAUCACACCUCGGGAUCACACCCCGGGAUCUACUCAGUAGGCAUGCUCACUUGAGCUGACUAGGAAAAAUCAGGAACUAAGUAAGACGGUAACAUUCUCCAAUCACGCGUUUCUCAAUACAAUAAUUUUUUUGUCAAUUGACAGCUGCCGACCCGCCUCCAAUUUGUUUUGGCAUUCCUCAUGUUCCAGUAGCCAAAGCCUGCGUCAAAUUUUCCAACGUUUCAGUCGAAAGGCAUCACGUGGGAGGCUGCGCUGCCUUGGAGUUCAAAUUUUUCCACUCACGGAAGGACAUUCCGCUGGGAUGCUUCUUUUUCAGAGGUGCAGAAGAAGAUGGUUUUGAUGUGGAAACAUUCUUAGACGCAGAAUCACUCCUAUCGUUAUUGGAGGAAUCAUUUCAAGCAUCCACGGUUUGUUUGCGGUUUUUUGACUCUUUUUUGUAAGCAACGGUUCUUGUUAAGUCUUCUCGCUUAGAUGUCUUAUGUCGCCGGGAUGAUCCGGGUAUGAGGCAUGUUUUUCUGUCGUAUGGAACUGCACAAAACCAAAACGGAAAACUUAGAUGUUUCCUUUUGAACAUUACGAUCACACAAGAGACGAGGUUUAUCAUAUGCAUCGUUUGGACUACGCCAUAAGGUUUCUUGCAUCUCGACUUGAGGAACUAAAGGUCACAUCUACAUACUAAGUAAAAACUAUCUUUUUGGAGGUGCUGAUAAAAAGCCUUCAUUGAAUGGUCACACCAUAGAAUUUUUAUAACCGCAGAGUAAAAAAGUUAGAACCGCAUACCGACAAAUAACAAGUGCUAUGAAAAAUUACAGUAAAAUUCUGAAGAGGUAUUUGUGGAAAUCUAGUUUAUACUAUGAGUGGUUAAACAUUUUCUAUGGACACUAUUGUCCGAUCAGAACUAACUCUGAUCAGGGUAAUCCAUUGCAGAAAUCUCGCGAUGAACUUUGCUUUUUCUAGGACGUCAGUCAAAUGGUAGACGAAAAAAAAAAAAUCUGCAAGGCUAGUAAAACGGAAAGAAAUUCACCCCAGUCUUUGUUUUCGUUGCGAAAGCCUCUGGACUAAUUAAGCUGUAGAUUAUUAUUUCUCCUAGAAAACCUGGGUUAAGAAUGGCAAAUCUCAGAUGUAUUUGUUUUGUAGGAAAACCAUAUUGACACCGACUACACUCCGACGAAUGAAGUAAAGCCGAAUGAUGACGUAACAGAUCUCGUGACGUUUGAUAAAGGUGGCUGUGUGUGUGAAAAGACUCCUCCUCAAUGCGACUGCUGCAUUAAAGUAAAACUGAUUCAUUUUCCGGUCAAAGGUAACUUAUACCUAAUUACACUGUACCAAUAAGGACAUCCGAUCAGUGAAUGAUGAGCCAGUCGCUUUUCCAGUUCCGUUUGUAGAAGUCUUCGUCUUUUUUAGUCUUUGCUGGUGUGGUCUUUGUUGGAGUGAAAGGUCUUAUUAGCCUGAGGUCAGGUUCUCCUGUCGUCAAUAAGGUGAUUUACUCUCAAAUGAAUGAGUAGGUACCUUCACUCACACGAGAGGCUGCGCUUGAAACGCGAAAGUAUGCCUUUUCACGGUGACAAGACUUUAUCAGUUCUUCUGAUAAAAUUGAGCUGGGCGUGUCAGUUGGGGAAGCGAUUGGGAAAAAGGGAAAUUGAGGAGGGAGUAGAGAAUGGGAGAGGGGUGAAGGCUCUCGUAUCUCUCCUUAAUUCCUCAGCUCUAGGUCACCUAUCUGCAUGCACUUUAUGUUGUUGAAUGAUUGGAUACUUUUCACUCGACCUUAAGACGAUAAGGCAAAACAAAUUUAAAGGACACUUUUGGGAGCUCUAUUAUUUAUAUGAAUAAAUAAAAUGCAAAGAAGAAAUCGGAAAUUCAUAUACAAAAAUUUAUAUAUGCUUUGAUGAUAGUCAUCAUUUCAUUUAUACUACUCUUUUAUUACUAUCAGUUUUAAUUAGUUAUUUUUUUUCCUUCUAACAGCCUGUGUUCAUGCAGACAUUGAUAAAGCUGAAACGGUAAGAACACAGAAGAAAACUUUUUGUUAGCCAGUCCAAUGCCUUAGUCUGCUUGGUUCCCAUCAGUGUGUAUUUGGCACGCGUUAGAAUUUCUCCCUCAUUGGUUUACCAAAAAAAAUUAAAACUGGUUACUUAACAUCUGUUUUCACUCAUGAAAAAUAAUAAUAAUAAAAAAAUGACCUUCAUAAUGAAAAAAGUAUAUUGAGCAUGUAAGCACAUUUGUAUGUUAAACUGAUUUGAUUCUUUCUGACUGACUAGUUCUACUCAUAGUUGAAUAAAUCUUUCAUGUUUUCUGAUCCUAGGGAUUCGACAUAGCAGUAGUGAUAAAUCACUUCAACGUUUUCAAGAAGCACAUUUCAGGUAUAGCCGGAAAAAGGGUGCGGUUUUUUUGGGAAAAUCGAAAUUCGGAUUUCCGAAUCCAAAAUCUGAUUUUGCAUUUUUGGGGGCAAAUCCAAAAACGGAUCAUGAAUCCAUAAAAUCCACACCCUGGAGGGAUUCUUCGGAUCAAAUCCAAAUCAGGAAGUUUGAGAUUCACAAUCUGGGCGUUUUUUUUCGAACAAAAAUGGCACACAACAGUUGUCGUCUAUUUACAUUCGUAUACUGUUUUUAAACCCUUUCUCCGCCACGUUUUUUGCAUGUAUGUAGUGUCUGCUUACGCCGGUAAAAAAAAAAAUUCAUCGGCUACAGUUUUAAAUUCUUAUGAUUUUACUAUCCUAAGGUGUAUUCUAUUCGAGAAAUGUUUGGGUUUCAAACCAAAAUGUAUGCAUUUCGUAUAUUCAUUCGUAGUUUAUUUUGCUUUUCCUUCUUGUCUUCGCUGCGAGGAUCAGUUUGUUGUUUAUUUUCUAUAGUUUUCUUAUCACGAGGAGCACGACGACAUGCCGUUGUCAUGGUAAACGAUCCUCUUUCGGAUCUUCCGUUUCUAUGGUAGCGAAGAAUCCAUUUGACCUGCGAUCACAAAUCCUUUUUUGGAUUCUCCAAAAAAACGCACCCAAACUUAGCAAAUCCUCAUAAAAUUGAGCAGUAGAGAGGAGAAGUCGUUUACGCCACGUUGCCAUGGUAGCAAAAUUUCUGGAUGUCAACAAACCGAAAACUUCACUUACAUGGUGAAAGCCGCACCGUUUCAAACUUCAUCGAUCUUAUUCAGUUUCAUUUGUCAAAUGUUGGUGAAAUUUUCUGGGGCUGAAUCCGAAAGGAGCGUUUCUAAGUUUAGGAAAAGAAAAAGAAAAUUUUUGUUUUGUGUUCACUCUGUGUAUAAAGGGGGCGCGUGAAAUUAGGAUGUUUCAUGUUGCAAUCGUGCAACGACGGCUAAGAAAUGUACAAAAAGCGUGAUGCACGUUCAAAGUUGUUUUGCUAAUAUUAACUUAUUGCUUUUUUGCCGUUCACGUUGCCGUCGCUGUCGUCGUUGCCUAAGUUCCUCAUUGUUGUUAUCCAGAAAUUUUGCUACCAUGGUAACGUGACGUCACACUUUUCCUCUCUUAUUUCACUAACCAUAAAAUUUUCAUCUGGUUUUUCUUCAAUUAAACUGAACUGAUAAUAAAACGACUAACAUUUCAUAUUCUUUCAUUGUUUCAGUGGCGGAUCCUCAACCCAUCUGCAAAACACUCAAAAUCUUUCACGUCGAGGCAAAAGUGUGUCUUCGGCUUACUCAUGUGUCGCUGGCCCCUGGUCACACGGGCGCAUGUCUAGAGGUGGAGAUUAACGCACUGAAAAAAGCUGUGGGAUGUUUCUACAUGGCGCGCAAGACUACAAUGACAUAGUGUACUGGGGCCGAAUUUCUAAAGACUUCCCGAGUUAAGAUAUUUCCUUAUUAGUAAAAUCCAACUAGUGGUCUAUUAUCAAUGCUGCGUUCUGAUUGGUUGAGCUGCUACUAGGCUAUAUGUUAUAGCCCACUAGUACCAAAAGCGCCGGAUUUUUGGCGGCAGAAAAAGGAUUAAAAUCUAGCUAUAACUAGCUAAAGUUUUUUUGUCUCGAUAUUUUGACCGACUAGUUAGAUUUUACUAAACAAUUAUUCCUCUCACCCUCAUGGCCUCUGAAUCAAUGGCCCAUUUGGCCUUCGGCCUCUUGGGCUAUUGACUCAGAGCCCACUCGCACUCGAGGAAUAAUUGUUAAGUAUUUUUCUUAACAAUGACCUAUCGUUUUAAGACAAUAAUAGCUAUUCAUCUUAGCUUCAGAUGUCUUCGUGAAUCCAGCCCCAGUUUAAUUGCAUAACCAUCGCCUUAUCCCCGCUUUAAAGAGCUUGUUAAUGUAGUUUAAACUUUGAAUACACUAAUAAAAUAUAUAUUUGUAACUGCAAACCGCAAUCGCGACAACCUCGUCCCCAGGGUCAUAUCGUUUUCCAGCCACGCUGGGCAGUAUCAGGGAGCUUAAGCAACGACCACUGCAACGGCAACGAGAACGGCAAAAAAGCAGUAGGUUAAGAUUGGCAAAACAACAACUUUGCACGUGCAUCACGCUUUUUGUACAUUUCUUAGCCGUCGUUGCUCGACUUCAAAGUGAAAGUGCCAAAUUUCACGUUUUGUCGAGGACGGGAACACAAGACAACAACUUUCUUUUCUUUUCCUGAACUUUGAUACAGUCCUUUAGAAUUCAACUUAAAAAAAAAUUGCCAACAUUUGACGAAUAAACUGAGAUGGAAUAAGCGCGAAAAAAUUCAAGGCUGAGCUAAUUCACUUUUUAAGUGACGCUCUCUUAG